AUGUCCCAAUGGUUGGCGGAGUACGCGCUGGACGUCUGCGCCGACGUGGGGAUCCCCAUGCAGCUCGAGACCGGCCUGGGCACGCGAUUCACUUCCACCAACUUCUCCGACAAGCAUGUCAGGGAGUUCCUCGACAAGGCGGAGAAGAAGGGCGUCAAGCUCGUGCUGCUGCAUGCGGGUUGGCCGAACGUCCGGGAGGCCGCGCGGCUGGCAGCGGCCCGCAGCAACGUGUGGCUCGACGUCGGCGGCGCGACUCCGUACCUGUCGACGGCCGCUCUGCGCGAGAUGGUGCGCGACGCGUUCUCCAUCGCGCCGCUGAACAAGAUCAUGGCGUCCACAGGGGCCCACUCGAUGCCCGAGGCGUUCUACUGCUCGGCGAAGCGCAUCCGCGGCGUGGUUGCCGAGGUGCUGCAGGAGCUGGUGGACGACGGCGACCUGACGCAGCAGGAGGCGGUCGGGGCCGGCGUGAACGUGCUGCACAACAACGCGCUCAGGUGCUACGCGAAGAUCGACCUGCCGCAUCCGCUCGAGGUGCCGACCGUGGAGCAGGCGGCCGUCGCCGAGCACGCGGGGUCGGCGCCGGAGCCGGCGCGGGCGGAGCCGGAGUGGCCGGAGCCGCAGGUCGAGGCCAGCGGCGGGGCGCUGGCGCGGGCAUGGGUCGGGUGGUGGAUGGCGGUGGCGCGCGGCGCCGAGCGCGUCGCUCGCGCGUUCGACGGCGGUGCGCCGGCGACGCACCAGAGCGUCAAGACGUGCGACGUGUGA